AUGUACAUAAAUGUACCUGAAGUGGGAACCGAAGAAGUAACCUUCUUCUCACAUUCUCCACUUCAGGGACCACUGUCCCGGAUCGGGCCUGCCAGUACGCACGCCCGCUCCACACCCCGCGACGGCCUCAGUGCCGGGCAUUACCCCCGGGCCCUCUCGACCCCGGACGCGUCCCUGACACCUGGUACUUUGGCUAUUGUUUCAAUGCUGGUCUAUUUCAUUUUAUCUGGGGACACUGAGAUGACCUCUGGUUCUGGCAAGCCCAGUGCCACUAACUAUGUCAAUAUCCUCCUUAACCUAUAUGGUUUUAUCUUUACGGUGCUUCAACAAGAGAAAACUGCCAAUGUCCAACCAAUGCAUGAGACCAUGAAUUGGUACCAGCAUUUGUUGUUUGGUGCUCCUGCAGGGGCAGGGGGUGAACACACAUCAGGACAAGUUGGACAUCUUCCUUUGGGCCUGAGUGCUCUUCUUGAAGAAAUGGAUCUUAAUGAAGCAGAUCCAAAUGUUUCCUCUGAAGUGCUUUUACUAAUAUUUUUGUACUGA